AUGACGCCGCAACCAGAUGGCAGCAGCAGCGCAUCAGUUCCAAGCCUGAAACACCGCAGCAAAUCUUCACUUCUAUGUUCAAGUCCUUCCGAAGCUAGAUUUUCGUGAAGAUUUUGAAAAGUAUAUGAAAAAACUACUUCAACCAUGGAAUUUUCACUCGAUUUACACUCGAUGCUAGGAAACUAUCGAGAGGCGUCUUUCAUCACAUGAAAGCAAUAUCCAUUUUUUUUUUACCGUUUCCCCCCUAAGGAAGAGCAAGGUGAUAUCGAUAAAAUCUCGGAGUUGUGGAAUAUACUGUGUGUAGGCAAGACAAAAAAAUUUCAGUCAUAGUAGACCGAGACUGUUGUUAAGCAAAACACAUCAAACUGAACAAGGAGAAUUUCGAAUUCAAAUGAAGCGAAGUGUCAUUCAUUAGACGUGUGAUGAAGAAGAUGUGACAGCAGACCGGAGAUAUAUAGGACCAGUGAGGUACCUUUCUAAAUUCCUGCACAACCUUUCAGGAAUGCGAAGGCCACCACGCAGCCUGACACGCAAG